AUGGAAAUGUCGUCUUUGCCGGGAACGGACAGGUGUUUUGCGAAGAUGUUUUCUGCGAUCGAGUGCCGAGACGUAGCUAGAAGUACUCAAACUAAGAAGGAAGUUUCUCAGUCGAAAAAGAAAAAGAAGAAAAAGCACCCGAUGGCAAUGAAUGUCAAAGAACGGAGCAAAAGCGCGCGUUGCGUUAGACCCGAUGCUGUUGACGCGUCUAGAAGAAGACUUGAAUCAGGCUCAAGUAGUCGCAGUUCAACAGCAAAAGCGAGGACUCAACUGACGACACCAUCGUCGUCAUCAUCGUCGUCGACGUCUUCAGCAGCUGUCGAAGCUUUGUGUUCCUUCGACGCGAUUGAGGCGAGUCAAAGAGCGCGACAGAUCAGAGCAGUGUUCCGGAAAUGCAUCGACAGGAUGCGUAUUGCUGCGAUAGCGAAUAGGAUGAUGACUGUUAGACCAGAGGAACUCGAACUUUAUGAAGCCAUCCUAGCAGUGAACCUGCGAGAAAAAGUUCAAGCAUAUGAAAAGACGAUGCGAGAAAUCCGAGAAAUCCCUGAUUUAAUCGAAAUCAUCAGGACGCAUCCCGAAUGCAGUUCGAAUCCUCUCACAGAAGAUGGAGAAGGAAAGCAAAGCCCCACAGAAGAAGAGAAAAAAGAAUCGACAGGAAAAAAACUGAAGAUGGUUUGGGACCUGGAAACUACCUUCAUCAAAGAAUUGUCUACCUUGCAGCAGUUUUCUUUGGAUACUUCCGAUCUUGCGAAAGCAAUAGAGGCCAAUGCUCAAACCUUGACCCUUGCUGAUCAGCUUGAGAAGCUCUUCCUUACGCAAAAAUCGGAAAAGCGCCGUGAAUUGAAUAAGCUGGAGAAGCACGCGGAGACACUGAAGACUCUUUGCAAGGAACAACUCGAAGAAAAGAGGUCUUUGCUCCAGGAUGAUCUUGACGAAAGAGCCGAAGUGAGCGGGAAAAGAAUUGCUGAGCUAAAAUCCGAACAGGAUAUUUUACUCGCUCGACUUGAUGCUCAAAGGCAGCAACAGAAACGAGAAGAAGACGACUUGAUUCGUACAAAGCAAGUGCAUCUACAAAUUUUAUCAAUUUAA